GGCAAGAAAAAUCUACCUAGUACAAUUUCGUGAUCUGCACGGAAUGCCAACUUCCAUAACCGUUUAUGGGACAAGAUCCACCUGGCUUGUCGAUACAACCGUUUCGCGCGUCUCGGGGCCGUUUCCCUCAACAUUUGCCAUUUCCUCUUCACGCUGGUGUUUUCUUCUCUUUCUUUGCUUCGUUUUUUCCCCUUCAAUUCUUGAAAUUGCAGUUUGCAAACUUCGAAAUCAUCAAAAAAGUUUCGCUUUCCUAUUCGAUUUGAGCUUUCGACGCAUCUUCUGCGAGCACACUCCAGUCACCGUUUCUUUAAGGCCUUCAACCCCUUCAACUCUUCCUUGACGCAUUCUGCAGAAAGAUUUUCACAUUCAUCUUCUUGUUCUUGAAAUUUCCUGGGAGAGCAUAGAGAGUUUUCUGCUGCAUCGGCGAGAUUUUGAGAAGUGAAGAUGGGAAAACGCAGAGCACAUAGUACGAUGGACAUGGCAGCUUUGGUACCGUUGAUAGCUGCAGCGAUUUCGAUGAUGACAGUUGCUGUAGAUGCAGCAGACACAAAUCUCGUUUUCGAUCCGUGCUCGGACACGAAAAUCCAGAAAGGGGAUGGGUUCACCUUCGGCCUUGCCUUCUCCGCGAAGGAAUCGUUCUUCUUUCAACAGAUUCAGCUUUCGCCCUGUGAUAGUCGACUUCCUCUAGCAGGCUCUGAUGCUCAGCUUGCUGUUUUCAGGCCAAAAGUGGAUGAGAUCUCUCUGCUCACCAUCAACAGCAGCACAUUCAACCCGGCAAUGUCAAGAGGAUAUAUGGUAGCCUUCGCUGGACGCAAGUAUGCUGCAAGAUCAUUGCCAGUGCAAGUGGCUGAUUUUGCUCACACGAUAACCAGUUUCACUUUGGUCCUUGAGUUCCAGAAAGGCACACUCCAAAACUUGUACUGGAAGAAGUUCGGGUGCGAUUCGUGCUCCGGGGAUUCUGCUGUUUGCCUCAACAACCAAGACUGCGCAGUACCAAACUCCAAGUGCAGUCAUGCCGGGGCAUGCGACAUAGGCAUACAGCUCACGUUCUCAGGUACUGACAAGAACGAUGUCGUGCUCAACUCGUGGUACGAAGUAAAGAACCUUCGCCGGUACUCUCUGUACGGCCUGUACUCUGAUCUUCGCGAUAGAAUCACCAGCCCAUACCAAAAUAUGUUCUGAGACUAAUUGUUUGGUAGUGGAAACGGCGCAUAAGAAGUAUCGGCACCAAGUCUCUGAUGAUUGCCUAUGUCCGUAAAUUGGAAAACAAACAUAGUCAGCUCAAUAGGAUGGGGAGCAAUACGCAAUUCUCGUCACUUAACUUCUCCAAGUAGCAGCCUGCAACAUCACACGCCGACCUCGUUGAUUUUAAUUCAGAAAGUUCCAAAUCUUCUACAAACUCUCGCAUAAUUAUGUCACUGCUAGAUAGUUUCCUCAGUGUUUGUUCA